ACUUACUUUAUUUUUGUAUAUUCUGGUUUUUAUUUUGCCUGUUUGAGGGGAAUCUAUAUUCAGUAAAGUGUGACAACUCUAAGAAUCAGCUGUCAAAGUCAUUCAAUUUUUGUUUGUGGAAAAUCUUUUUCAAAAUGCAACCACAGAUCCUCGUACUGAAGGAGGGGACGGACCAGUCCCAGGGCAAGCCGCAGCUCAUCUCCAACAUCAAUGCCUGCCAACUGGUCGUAGAUGCUGUCCGCACAACCCUCGGUCCUCGUGGCAUGGACAAGCUGAUCGUGGACCACAACGGUAAAGCUGUGAUCUCCAACGAUGGAGCCACGAUCAUGAAGCUGCUGGACAUCGUCCAUCCUGCUGCCAAGACCCUGGUGGAUAUUGCUAAGUCACAGGAUGCUGAGGUGGGUGACGGAACAACAUCUGUGGUGAUCCUGGCCGGUGAGCUCCUGAAAAGACUGAAGCCUUUCGUUGAGGAAGGAGUCCACCCCCGUAUCAUCGUGCGUUCUAUCCGCGUGGCAGCCAAGCUAGCAGUCGACAGAGUCAAGGAGUUAGCUGUGAAGAUUGACAACAAGUCCGUUGAAGAACAGAGAGAACUGCUAACGAAAUGCGCCGCGACAGCGAUGUCCUCGAAGCUGAUCCACCAGCAGAAGGGCCACUUCUCCAAGAUGGUGGUGGACGCUGUACUGUCCCUGGACGCGCCUCUAUUACCGCUGGAUAUGAUCGGUAUCAAGAAAGUAUCAGGCGGUGCUCUGGAAGACUCCUUCCUCGUGUCUGGAGUAGCCUUCAAGAAGACAUUCUCCUAUGCUGGGUUUGAGAUGCAGCCCAAAUCGUACGACAACUGCAAGAUCGCCCUGCUGAACAUCACGCUCGAGUUGCAGGCUGAGAGGGACAACGCUGAAGUGCGAGUGGACAACGUGAAGGAGUACCAGAAGGUGGUGGACGCGGAGUGGCAGAUCCUGUACGAGAAGUUGGCGGCGCUGCACGCCAGCGGGGCCAACGUCGUGCUCAGCAAACUGCCCAUCGGAGACGUCGCCACGCAGUACUUCGCCGACCGCGACAUGUUCUGCGCGGGCCGUGUCCCGGACGAGGACCUGAAGCGCACGCAGCGCGCGUGCGGCGGCGCCGUGCUGUCUUCAGUCAGGGACCUCGCCCCCGAGGCACUCGGACACUGCGCGCACUUCACUGAGAAACAGGUCGGCGGCGAGCGGUACAAUAUCUUCACUGGUUACGACAAAGAAGUCGCGCCCACUGGUUGUCCGGCAGCGAAGACCUGCACGAUAGUGCUCCGUGGCGGCGCCGAGCAGUUCCUGGAGGAGACGGAGCGCUCCCUGCACGACGCCAUCAUGAUCGUCCGGCGUACCAUCAAGAAUGAUGCCGUGGUUGCCGGUGGCGGCGCCAUCGACAUGGAGAUCUCGAAGCACCUCCGCGAGUACGCGAAGGGCGUCGCCGGCAAGGAACAACUCCUGGUCGCGGCUGUCGCGCGGGCCUUCGAGGCUAUACCCCGACAACUGUGUGACAACGCCGGCUUCGACGCCACCAACCUGUUGAACAAGCUGAGGAAUAAACAUCAUAAUGGCGACAUCUGGUACGGCAUCGACAUCCAGAAGGAAGACAUCGGCGACAACUACGCGUCGUGCGUGUGGGAGCCCGCCAUCGUCAAGGUCAACGCCAUCACCGCCGCCUGCGAGGCCGCGGCGCAGAUCCUAUCAGUCGACGAGACGAUAAAGAACGUCAAAGGACAAGACAUGCCGACGGCGGGAGCCCCGGGCCGCGGCAUGGGACGCCCGCGCAUGGGCUGAUGACGUCACCUCUACACACCACUCACGCUUUACCACUAUUUCUUGACCGCCCCACGUUCUUGUACGAAAAAAGAAAGCAUAAACAAUAUAUUCUGAUAUUUUUGAUGUCGGUUAUACAUAAUAACUUUUAAUUUAAACAAGAAAGACUUUCUCUUUAAGGUACAAGUCCGCAUCGUACGCAUCGCACGCAACGGAUUGUAGUUUGUCUUGUAUAGAAACUCAUACAACUGCGUCCACUGAUCCGCAUCGUACGGACCGCAUCAUCGGCAAUGCCUACAUGUGAUGCGUACUGAUGACGUCAUACGGAAUGCCGAUGCCAAAAAUCCGAGUGAUAAAGUAAUCCGUUUGAUGCGAUCCUUUAGAUGCGUGCGAUGCGGGCCUGAGGACGCUUACCUUAAUAUAUCUGAAAUAGACACUUUAAACAAGUAAUGUGAAAAAUCAUUGUAAUUACAAUAAUUUUGGAUUAUAAAAGUUUAUUAAUUUCGGUCGAUGGUUGCAUUUACUUGAUAUAAGUUCUAUGCUCGAGACGUUGUACCGAGGCGUAGAGUUUUAUACAUAAAUACAUGAUGUAUUAUUAUUUUAAUGUUUACCAAACAACUAGAACUGCGGGCGGUCUCUUCACGCUUAGUACUAAGUUAUUAUAGUAUUAACUAUUAAAUAUUAUUAAUUAUAAUAACUAAUUAAUACCAAA